CCUCCUGUUUCCUGUUACAUUUCUAGAUCUCUGGUCUUGAAUAUGUCCCUGGAAGCAACGCCUGCUCCUGAGGGGGAGACCGCCCCGCUCUCGGCAGCAAUGAGGGCGAAGAUCGAGAGAAAUCGCCAGCGGGCACUGAUGCUGAGGCAGGCAAGGCUGGCCACCAGGCCCUACCCUUCAGCUGGGGAAGGCAGUUCUAGAGUUAAGGCUCCUCCAAAGGUAAUAGAUACAGGGGGAGGAUUCUUUCUUGAAGAGGAGGAAGAAGAGGAGGCCACAGUGAAGAAAAUAGUUCAUCUUCCAGGGCCUGUAUUAGAAUGUGAUUAUCUCAAUUGUGAAGACUGUGGUAAAGAAUUCAUGGACUCCUACCUCAUGAACCACUUUGAUCUAGCAACAUGUGAUAACUGCAGAGAUGCUGAAAAUAAACACAAGUUGAUAACAAGGACCGAAGCAAAGCAAGAAUACCUUCUGAAAGACUGCGAUUUAGACAAGCGGGAACCAGUGCUCAGAUUCAUUUUGAAGAAGAACCCUCAUAAUGCACAGUGGGGUGACAUGAAGCUUUAUUUAAAGCUACAGGUUAUCAAGCGUUCCCUUGAAAUUUGGGGAAGCGAAGAAGCAUUAGAAGAAGCAAAAGAAAGCCGCCAAGACAACAGAGAGAAGAUGAAACAGAAAAAGUUUGAUAAAAAAGUCAAAGAACUGCGCCGAGCCAUAAGGAGCAGCACCUGGAAAAAAGACACAAGUUUCCAUCAUCAUGAGUAUGGAGCCGAAGAAAAGAUAGAUGAGGAUAUGUACAAGAAAAUCUGUACCACGUGUGGUCAUGAACUAACAUAUGAAAAAAUGUAAUGCCCUUGAUUGUACAUGAAGUGCACUUUUUGUAAUUCUGAUUUUUUGUAUGUAUUAAAAUGAAUGCUCUCA